AUGGACUAUAAUUUUGACGAGGAGAUGAAGUGUUGGAUUACUGGUACCAAGACCUAUGUGGAAGAGUGUAUCGGAAGGAUCCAAGCUUUGCUUCCUCCUGGCCAUAUGCUCUGCACCCACAACACACCUGCGCCCUACAACAGGAAAGCUUCCCAUCCUGAAGAGGACAAGUCCAAUUUCCUUGAUGACACUGGAAAACGCCAAUAUCAGAUGUUGGUUGGCAUGGCCCAAUGGGCCAUGACCAUUGGACAAAUGGACAUUGCAUAUGCAGUCUCUUCGCUCACUCGCUUUUCCUCGGCGCCUCGUGAAGGCCAUCUGGAGUUAGCUUUCUACCUUUUUGGCUAUCUAAAGAAAUUCCCCAACAAGCAACUGCCUGUCAACUCGCGUCCGCUUGAACUUUGCCCAACACUCACAGUGACCAAAGGUACAUUCAAGGCAGAUUUCCUUGAAGAGUAUCCAGAUGCAAAGGAGGACCAAGAUCCCAAGGAACCCAAAGCCUUUGGAAAGCCAGUACAAACAAGUGUCUUCUUUGAUGCCAAUCUGGCACACGACCUAGUUACUCGGCGGUCCAUAACUGGACUCCUUGUCUAUGUCGGAAGCACCCUUGUUUCAUGGACCUCCAACCGUCAGGUCUGCAUCGCGUCAAGCACAUAUUGCUCUGAAUUUAUUGCUAUGCGCGCUGCCACAGAAGAGGCAAUAUAUGCUCUGUUCACUGGGUGUUCCUGUAGAGGAGCCUACCAAUUUACUUGUGACAACCUGGGAGUCAUCCAGAGCGCUGCCAUGAAGGAUGCAGAUCUCAAGAAGAAACAUGUCGCGAUUUCUUACCAUUGUGUUUGUGAGGCCGUUGCAGCUCAAAUUAUCAAACCAAUUUGGUUUAAAACCAAUGAAAAUUGGAGUGACAUUUGUACCAAGGCAUUGAGUGGCCUUAAACAAAAUGCCAUUCUGUCUAGGACGAUGUUGUAA